AUGUGGCUCCCGAACCAGAAGGCGACAACAGGAGGAGGACCAGGUGUAGUAGGCAACGUGGAGAGGAAAUCGGGCGGGAACGGGCUGGUUGCUGUGGCCAUCGACAGGGAUAAGGGCAGCCAACAAGCUCUCAAAUGGGCCAUUGAUAACCUCCUCUUGAAAGGCCAAACUGUCAUACUAAUUCACGUCUUAAACUCUAGAUCUGCUGCAUCCUCCUUUUCUGCUCCAUCUGGGAUGAUAGCAUCUAAUGGCGACGUACCAGCGCACAGGCAGCAAGUCAUUGAUAAGCAGACCAAAGAAUUGUUUCUAACCUUCCAUUGCUUCUGUACUCGCAAGGAUGUACAGAGCCUUGAUGUAGUACUAGAAGAUACAGAUAUUGCUAAAGGAUUGGUAGAAUACAUCUCUUAUGCCGCAAUCGAGAAUUUAGUUCUCGGUUCACCAUCGCGCCAUGGAUUCAUCAGAAGAUUCAAGAUGUCUGAUGUUCCAACAAACGUAUCGAAAGGAGCCACAGAUUUCUGCACCGUUUAUGUUAUCUCCUCCAAAGGCAAGAUUUCAUCUGUACGCAAUGCAUCACGUCCCGCCCCUUUCACUUCUCCUCUCCAUGGUCAAAUUCAAACGCAAACUCCCCCGGACGCCAAUGCAGCCUCUGCGAAUAGGACUUCCUUUGAGCAUUCAAAAUCCCGGCACAAUUUUAGUAUCAAAGGAGAUAAAACUCCUCGUAAACAAUGGAGUUCUCAAACUGACAGCGAUUUCAUCAGGUCACCGUUUGGGAGAGCAGGAAUGGGAUACAGUAAUAGUAGUAAUCCAACUGGUGGAAGAUAUCCAGGUGAUUUCUCUGAAAUGUCAGAAGCAACAGACAUAUCUUUUGUGAGCUCGAGCAGGCCAAGCACAUCCGAUCGCACUUCAAUUUCGGUGUAUGACAUUGACUAUGCAUCUGCUCGCACCAGUUCUGAAUAUAGCUUUGGCUCUCUACGCCAAGGCGGCGGUCCUUUGUUAAAGCUUCCUAUCGACCCUGGCAUGAUGGGUUUUCCCUCCGAGUUCUCCUGUUCAUCUAUUGAAAGUGGAAGAAACUCCACUUCCUCCACAGGAGGCGGCAUGGUUGCCUUGGAUGAUGUGGAAGUUGAAAUGAGGCGGCUUAAGCUUGAACUAAAGCAAACCAUGGAAUUAUAUAGCACAGCUUGUAAGGAAGCUCUUACAGCGAAAGAGAAGGCAUCUGAGUUACAUCAUUGGCGACUCGACGAAGAAAGGAGGUUACAGGAAGCUCGAAUGUCAGAGGAAGCAGCUCUAGCGAUGGCGGAGAAGGAGAAAGCGAAAUGCAAAGUAGCAAUGGAGAACGCAGAGGCAUCUAGAAGGAUUGCUGAACUUGAAUCGAAAAAGAGGUUAACUGCAGAAAGAAAAGCCCUUAUGGAUCAAGACAAUAAGCAAACAGGCAAAGGCAAUAACAAUCUAUUAGCCAACUCCAGUUGCAGACGUUAUUCAAUUGAAGAGAUUGAAUCCGCUACAGAAUUCUUCAAAGCCUCCCGAAAGAUUGGGGAAGGGGGUUACGGCCCUGUCUACCAUUGUUACCUCGAUCAUACCCCGGUUGCGGUCAAGGUUCUACGUUCAGACGCAGCCCAAGGGCGUCAACAGUUUCAGCAAGAAGUUGAAGUUCUUAGUUGUAUGCGACACCCGAAUAUGGUAUUACUGUUAGGAGCAUGUCCUGAAUACGGUUGCCUUGUUUACGAAUACAUGGCGAACGGAAGCUUAGAAGAUAGACUCUUUCGUAAAGGUAACACCCCUCCGAUUUCAUGGCAACUCCGGUUCCGAAUCGCGAUGGAAAUCGCGACGGGGCUGCUGUUCCUCCACCAAACGAAACCGGAGCCGUUAGUCCACCGGGACCUGAAACCGGCAAACAUCCUCCUGGACCACAACUACGUGAGCAAGAUAAGCGACGUGGGGCUGGCCCGUCUGGUUCCUCCUUCGGUGGCGGACGACGUGACCCAAUAUCACGUAACGUCGGCGGCGGGGACGUUCUGUUUCAUCGACCCGGAGUAUCAACAAACGGGGAUGUUGGGAGUGAAAUCGGACGUGUACUCACUUGGGGUUCUUCUAUUGCAACUUCUGACUGCGAAACCGGCGAUGGGUUUGGCUCAUCACGUGGGGAGAGCUAUAGAAAAAGGAACGUUUGCGGAGAUGUUGGACCCGGUUGUGAACGAUUGGCCGGUGGAUGAGGCGUUGUGUAUGGCGAAGAUAGCGAUUCAGUGUGCGGAGCUGAGGAGGAAAGAUAGACCGGAUUUAGGGAAGAUAGUUUUGCCAGAGUUUCAAAGGUUAAGAGGGUUUGCAGAUCAACAUCAACCUCAACAACAUUUGAUGGCUUUAUAUGGGUCUAGCACUCCUCCUCCUAGUGCCGGUCCUUCGCCAAAUCACAGUCUGGCUGAUUCUGGUUCUGCCGCCCAGGAUGUGAUUUGCGGGGAGGCUGAUGAAUGAAGUGUAAGGAGGGAGGAUUUGAUCGAGAUAUAUUAUUAGGUCAUGUGCAGAUUUAGCUGUGUGGCUGGCUAGAGGUGAGGAGUUUGGAUGAUUUGAAAGAUC